AUGGCGCUGGAGGCCGGCGACAUGGAAGACGGGCAGCUUUCCGACUCGGAUUCUGACAUGACGGUCGCACCCAGCGACAGAACUGAUUGUGUUUUCUUUCACUUGCAGAAAGUACUAGGUGGGGACAGUGCUGUGAGGGCCUUCCAGAGUACCACAACAGCAUGUGCACCAGUAUCACAUUAUCGGACUGUUAAAAGUUUGGAUUCAAGUGAAGAAAGUUUUUCUGAUUCAGAUGAUGAUAGCUCUCUUUGGAAACGCAAGCGACAGAAAUGUUUUAACCCUCCUCCCAAACCAGAACCUUUUCAGGUUGGCCAGAGCUGUCAGAAAGCACCUGUUGCUGGAGGAAAGAAGGUUAAUAACAUAUGGGGUGCUGUGCUGCAGGAACAGAAUCAAGAUGCAGUGGCCACUGAACUUGGUAUCUUGGGAAUGGAAGGCACUAUUGACAAAAGCAGGCAGUCUGAGACCUACAAUUAUUUGCUUGCUAAGAAACUUAAGAAGGAAUCUCAAGAGUAUACAAAAGAAUUAGAUAAAGAGCUAGGUGAAUAUAUGCAUGAUGUCAAAAAAACAGAAUCAAAGGAAGAUGAAAAUGGACAGGGUAAUCUCAAACGGAAACGACCUGUCCGAGACAGAAUAGGAAUGAACUAUAAAGGCCGAUAUGAGAUCACAGAGGAAGAUUCUCAAGAGAAAGUGGCUGAUGAAAUUUCUUUCAGGUUACAGGAACCAAAGAAAGAUCUGAUAGCCCGAGUAGUAAGGAUUAUUGGGAACAAAAAGGCGAUCGAACUUCUGAUGGAAACUGCUGAAGUUGAACAAAAUGGUGGCCUUUUUGUAAUGAACGGUAGUCGAAGAAGAACACCAGGUGGAGUUUUUCUGAAUCUCCUAAAAAACACUCCUAGUAUUAGUGAGGAGCAAAUUAAGGACAUUUUCUACAUUGAAAAUCAAAAGGAAUAUGAAAAUAAGAAAGCUGCUAGGAAGAGGAGAACACAAGUGUUGGGGAAAAAGAUGAAACAAGCUAUUAAAAGUCUAAAUUUUCAAGAAGAUGAUGAUACAUCACGAGAAACUUUUGCAAGUGACACAAAUGAGGCCCUGGCCUCUCUCGAUGAGCCACAGGAAGGACAUGGGGAAGCCAAGUUGGAUGCAGAAGAAGCCAUUGAGGUUGAUCAUUCUCAUGAUUUGGACAUCUUUUAAGCAUAUUUUGGAUAUUUUGAGGAAUAAGACUUUAUAAGAUAACCUUGUGAUAAACCAUUCCUACUGAGAUUGCUACAUUUUACUUUGCACUGAUUAACGUGAGAAUAUGGAAAAGAAAGAUUGUUUCCUUGUUUUAUAUAAAAAUUAAUUCUAUGUGGGAGGCAAAUGUGAUUGAUAAAAACCUUUAAAAAUGUCUCGUGUCUGACAAAAUACUUACGUAGCACAGGAUUUAAUUUCUUCAUCUGUUGCAUGUGCUAAUUAUUAUGAGAACUACUAGUUGAUAAUUAGUUUUGUCUAGGUCAUUAUAACAUUCAAAAGUUUGUUUUCUUUUUCUGAUUUAUCUUUGCAGUGAAUUACGCUUUGGUUUCAAAACAUUCCAUUAAAAAAUCCUAAUGUGUCAUAUACAUUGUUAAACUGUUGCAAAUGCAUUCAAAUAUUUUUUUCUGUGUUCUAAAAACUCAUAGGCAAUUUUAAGGCUAAAGACUAAAAAUAGGUUUAUAGUGAUGGGUCUUCUCACUUAUUUAUCCAGAAGUAAAUAAAUGUCAGAAGCUUUUCAAAGAAGUAUUCAUUCUUAUCAUUAACUUUGUUUUUGCCAUAUUAUUAACUCACUUGGUCAUAUUCUAAAUACUGAAUGUGAUCUAUAUCUGUGUAUUACCAUGGACAUUUGAAAAAUUCCCAGUGGCAGCCUGCCUAAGACUGUUUUACCUUAUGUUAAGGAAGUAUGAUAUUUAAAAUGUCACAUCUGCAUGGAGUUUCAAAUUAUUCAUUUUUAUUAAUAAAAGAAUUAAAGGUAGUUAACUUACAGUGUUCUAAGAGUUCACUAUAGUUUACAAAAUAUAUUAAGCAAAAACAUAAUUCAGCAGCUUUAAACUAUUCUUUACAGGCAGUGUACUUGAAGUCUUUCAUUAAUUCCUGAAAAUAUGAUCAUUGAAGUUGGAUAUAAGUGGAAAGUGGUUAUUGGUUGCUUUUUAUUUAUAAAGAAUGCAAAAAUAAAAUUAGAUUUUUGGCAGUCCUUAA